CACAAAGUAGCUCUUGAUUGGAAGUUUGAAGCAACCGCUGCGAAAACUGCUUUUGUUACAGAAAUAAUUGCUAAUAUUGUUUUAAUACAAUAUUAAAAGCACUUAGAAGUUCGUACGUAGGAUCUUACGGUGAACACGUGAAGGCACCAGCAGGCCCUCUCAGCAGCUUCAACUCUGACCUUUGAAUCACAUGUUCGGGGAAUUCCAGUCUUGCAACAUCAUUGCAGUGAGCACAGUACAAGCGAAUAUUUACAAAAUGUUUUGCAAUGUAAAGAAAAUCUGGUGGUUAUAAAAUGAUCUCUCUUUAUUUUUCUUCAAUGAAUACCCACCCCCUCCAGCCCCCAAGUUAUGUUUCUCAUUGCUCUGACAUUUGAGCUGUGUGAAUCCCAUCUAUUUUUGUCACAAGUGCUGGCUGGACUUCAGGCUACUUGGAGAGUUAGCUUGUCGGAAACCACUGACGCCCUGAAACCGUUAUUUUCAAACAGUGAUUAGGUGAUUCAUCAUCCAGUCACGCCUCUGCUGCCUCCCUCCUCUUGUUAUGGAUCUGUAUGAGAUCAGAGGAGGCAGGCUGGAUGUGAUUGCAGAGGAAGCCCCGAGCGGAGAGGAGUACCAGGAGCUCGGCAGGGAGUCAGCCACCAUGGAGCCCUUCCUGGUGGCAGCAGGCAGGGGAGGAAGGGCGACCAGAGACGUGUCCACCUUCCAGCGGUUCUCCAUCAACACCAAUGAGUCCCUCCACUUUGAGCCAUGUGAGGAUGGCGCCCCGUCCCCUACCGGAGCUGAUGAUGGACAUGAUGAUGUGUUUGAGGAGCACGAAACUGAGACUGAGAUUGCAAAAACCAGGAGUAAGCUGCAGGAGAAAGUUGCUGAGAUGGAGAACUUUGCAGGCCAUCUUGAGGAAAUCUUCCUCACUGUGGAGGAGAAUUUUGGCCGUCAGGAGCAGCACCUGGAGCAGCACUACAACGACGUGCUGCAGACGUUGUCCCAGCGCUAUGACGACAGGGCAGCCGGGCUGGAGGAGGAGAAGAAGAGCAAGCUGGAGGCCCUGUACAACCAGCUGGUGGCUUGUGGUCGGACACUGGACGCCUCCAAGGAGCUCAUCGAGGCUGCCCAGGAGCUCUAUCGCAGCGAGGACAAGAGGCUCGUCCUGAAGGUAGUUAUGUCCACCAUUAAGAGAAUCGAGGAGUUUGCCAAAGAGGAGGUUGACCUCACGCUGUCUACGCCUCUUGAGUUUAAGACACCUCUUGCCGACCUCUCAGAUGUCAAAACCAUGAUGGACUCCAUCAAUAUCGUCCCAGCUCCAUCCGCCCCAGUCAUCAACCCUCAGAUGCCCAAUUCUGCCACACAGACAUCCCUGCGUGUGUGCUGGAGUUUGUUCUCAGACGAUACGGUGGAGUACUACGAACUUUACUACAGACCUGUGCUGGAGGACACCCCAGCAGACAGCACCUGCGGACCAGACGUAACCAAGGUAAAGGUGAAGGAGACCCACUGCACAGUGAAAGAUCUACUGCCCAACGCUCAGUAUGAGCUGUGGGUGACAGCCACCAACACCACAGGCAUCAGUCCAGCAGGCGAGAAGGCCCUGUACAUGACAGUGCCUUCGCCGCCGGUGAUCAAACAGAGGGAGUGCACCAGCUGUCCAGAGGCCGCCUUGAUUCGCUGGGAUUCAGGAAACACCAACCCUGUUGACUCCUACACGGUGGAGCUCAGUGAGAUGGGUACAGAUGGCAGCCAGAGCAAUAUCACUGAGUCCGUUGUCGCUGUGCCCACCUGUCAGUGUCUGAUCCAGCUGCAGAGAGGAAGGCGCUACCUCAUCUCCGUCAGAGCGGUCAACAUCGGCGGGCCCAGUGAGAGGAGCGAAGCCCUCACUGUCUCUACAACAGGCACAUUUUUCCACCUUCUGGAGGAUACUGCCCAUCCGUGCCUGUCCAUCUCUGAAGACGGCUUCACAAUGUUUUACGGCGAUGAGGAGCUGCCACUAAGUGCUAUGGCCUUUGAUGAUAACACCUUUGCCAGGUGUGUAGCUGUUCUGGGGGAUCUGAUUCCAGUGCGAGGCAGACAUUACUGGGAGGUAGAGGUGGAUGAUCUGACAGAGUUCAGGAUCGGAGUUGCAUAUGAGGACACCCAGAGGAACUCGUACCUGGGGGCAAACAGCUCAUCAUGGUGUAUGAGACACAUCCUCACUCCCUGCAGGCAUAAGUAUGAGUUUCUGCACGACGGCUGGAGCCCCGACCUGAGGAUCACGGUGAAUCCGGUGCGGCUAGGAGUGGCGCUGGACUACGAGAAGGGGACUCUGUCUUUCUUUAAUGUGGACCUAGAACAACACCUCCACACCUUCCACUGUCACUUCCAAAAUUAUGUCCACCCCUGCUUUGCCCUGGACAACCCUGGAGCUCUGACAGUACACAAUGGCAUAGAGGCUCCUGAGUACGCAUUUAUCUGACAUCAGUAACCAUCACUGCAGAAGAUUCUGCAUAUAAUAAAAUCUGUGAUCGGUAAUAAGUACAAUUUAAGGUCUAUAAUUUUUUUUAAACGAGCAGACUACAGAAAAAUGAAAACUUCCAUACAUGUCAUCUCCUGCACAGUCAUAACUCAAAUUCAAGUAUUCUCCAGUCAAAACAUUUUGAUGCACACCCACAAAAUUCUAGACCCACUUGAUCAUUAUUUAUUUUGAUCAAGUUAUACACAAGAUUUUUUUGACUGGAGCACAAGUAGAAAUAUUUCUACCUUUAUAAAAAAAAAAAAAAAAAAGCAUAUCGUAUUGCAAAAAAAAACAAAUUUAUGCAAAGCUCAAAUCCAAUCUCAGUAACAUAACAUGCCAGACCAAAAGACAAAAGUUUUUCCAAACUUUUAUUACAGUAUUCCAUGGGAACAGGCAUACACCAUUUUCCAAGAUAAGAAAAAGUUCCACUGAAUUUUACAAUAUGUAUAUAUUUAUAUCAGCAACUGUGCAGAGCAAGUGAUGAAAAUCCCUCCCAAAAUUAGGCUCAUUUAUGCACAAAAUAUUCUUUCAUAACUGAAAUAAAAGGCUCUUAAUAAAAACGUGUCAUUUAUAGUUACUAUACAAUUGCAUGUGUGUCUUAAAAGGAAAAAUCCACCUGGAAACACUUA